CGUCACUCUCUGGCACCGUUAAAAAAUCACGCCAAGUCUUAGGGUUUACAGAAUCUCCAAGCUUUUAUUUCGGGUUUCGUUGUAAAUUACUAAAUUUUGUUAGUUUCUCGGGAAUUUGAUUCUCUUUUUCCUCUGGAUUCUGUUUCGGUUCGUUAAGGGGAAUUUGGAUGGUGCAGUCGACGAAAUCCGUGAAUCUCAGGCCAGAGUCUGAGACGACACCGCCGACGACGGCGUCGUGUCCAGACAAGCCGCCGGUGAAGUUGGAGAUCGAGGACUCGUUGGAAGAAGAGCACGGGCCACUCACUAAGCGUUCGAAGCAUUCUCAGGCUUUUCAAGAGCAAUGUAGUUAUGGAAGUAAUGCAUUUUCUAUCCCUCCUUCACAAUACAACCCGCUUGAUGAGCCCAGCCCGUUGGGUUUGCAGCUGAGGAAAAGCCCAUCACUCUUAGAUUUAAUUCAGAUGAAGCUUUCUCAAGGGAGUGGUUCUAGUACAGGAGCUGUGCCAAGUGAAAGUUUCAAUGCAAUAACGAAAAAGGAAAGUAAAGGAACUGCUGUAUCAAGUAGUACUGACAAACUAAAGGCUUCAAAUUUUCCGGCUUCCCUUCUGAGGAUUGGGAGUUGGGAGUAUAAAUCAAGAUAUGAAGGCGAGUUAGUAGCAAAAUGUUACUUUGCUAAGCAUAAGCUUGUUUGGGAAGUUCUUGAAAGUGGUUUGAAAAGUAAAAUAGAAAUCCAAUGGUCAGAUAUUAUGGCUCUGAAGGCCAAUUGUCCUGAUAAUGCACCUGGUACAUUAAAUGUCGUGCUAGCUAGACAGCCCCUUUUCUUCAGGGAGACCAACCCUCAGCCUAGAAAGCACACCUUAUGGCAGGCUACUGCAGAUUUCACAGAUGGGCAGGCUAGCAUGCACAGGCAACAUUAUCUACAAUGCCCACAAGGCUCGUUAAACAAGCAUUUUGAAAAGCUUAUCCAGUGUGACGUGCGCCUUAACUUCUUAAGCCAACAGCCAGAGAGAGUUUUGGAUUCACCAUACUUUGAACCACGGCCCUCUGUUUUUGAAGACCCAGAAGAAUCUAAAGAUCAUAGUUUUGAUAAAGUGGAUAGUGGUCAAGGAUCCAUGUCUGGUCUCCAGGAUGUAGCAUCACCAACUACUACACAAUCUUCUUCAUGGAAGAUCGAACAGAAACUGGAUUCUACUGGUUUGACAUUGGAAAGUCGGUUACGAGAAAUUCCUUCCCCCAGUUCAGUGAUGGACACUCGUGCAAUUGAAGGUAAUGGAAGUUCCGAGGCAGUUGAUUCCACAGGUCGUCCAGGAAACCGGGACCAGAUAAAACUGUCUGGGCUCCAUCCGUCGAUGUCAAUGAGUGAUUUAAUGAGCCAUAUUGGACAAUGUAUCUCAGAACAGAUGACUUCUGGAUCUCUACCAACUGCUGAUGAAGGUUCGGAACAUCAUGGCAUACUGGCAGACAUUGCUCAGUACCUGCUCAACGACAAUCAGUUAACAAGCACUUCUGAUGAGAAAUCCCUUAUGUCAAGGGUCAAUUCCCUCUGUUGCCUUCUGCAGAAGGACUCUGCUUCGGUCCAGAAUUCCCAGGGUAAUGGGGAAAGUUGCACCGAUGGACUUGAUGGUGGAACCGGCGUUGAAGUUAAGCACAAACCUGAACAAAUGCAUGAUGCUAAAUAUAGAGCUGAUUUGAAGGUUUAUGAAGCAGACGCGAGGGAUGUAUCUGGCAGCAAGCAGGUACCAGCUAUGUCAAGGAAAGACUCCUUUGGGGACCUGCUGCUUCAGCUCCCUAGAAUUGCAUCCCUCCCAAAGUUCUUGUUUAACAUUUCAGAAGAUGAUGGUGAGAAUAAAUCUAGAUAGUUCUAUUUAACAUUCCAGAAAUUUCAUGAAUGAAAUUAAAUUGCAAGAGCUCUCUCUCA